AUAUAUAUAUAUAUAUAUAUAAGCAGAAGUCAGGCUUUCACCAUUUUCCAGAGUUUUUGCGCAUACAUUUUCAUUGCUUGUGAAUUCUCGUUUACAUCCUCUGUUACUAGUAACAACUUACGAUGGAAGCUUACAUCGUAUAUUUAAGCGUAAGUUGUAGAAUCCAUGAUUUUCUGGUAUUUUGGAUGUAAAUACAUGUUAAGCGUCUUAUCAUUUACCGAUGUUGGUUCAUGUACUCGUCAUUGCCGACCUUAUUAUAAAUGCUAUAAUAAGUCCUAAAAUUGAUAUUAUAUUUAUCCAUCAAUCAUGUGGUCUAGAUCAUAUCAAUUGUAAUCCUAAGUAGUUUUAUUUCAGAAGCUAGUCCCAAACUUUACGAUCUUGUGAGGCCUCCACGAUCUACACUGUCCUGGAAAAAAACACGUUAUUUCUCUGUGUUUUCAUUAGAAUUCUUUGAGUUCUUGUAGGUUUUUCCACUGUUAAUUUCUUUAAUUGCUUAGAAAGGUGAGGGAUGGUUACUGACUGCGUACUCAUAAAGAGCAUUUGAUGAAACCAUAAUUUAUGAACGCACUUUAAGCGACGCCAAAGUGACUUUGAGAGUAUCUACCUACUUACUAAGGCUAAGUGAAGGUUGUAAAGCAGUUUGAAGAAUAAGAAUUAUGAUUCACAGUUGAUGGUUAGGGUUAGGAAUUAGACUUACGGUUUUUCAUCACGAACUGACAUCAGCUAAAAUUCCCAGACGCUAUUUGGUCAAAUGGGUGAGUAAAUUUCACUCCAAAAUCCAAUACCUGUUAUCUUAAAUCUUAUUGGUUCGUCCAUGAAUUAUAAUCUUGACAAGUAUUUUUUGCAGCUACUAUGUUCUGAAUUAAAGGUGCAGAACUAAUUUGAACUCACCCAUUUAGUGUAAACUAAGGACUAAAACUGUGGUCGAUGAAAUGCCAACAAUAAUAUGAAAACCGUAAUGGAUAUUUGCCAUCUUGCCGUACCUACCGUCAUUCAACUAAAUAUGUGAUAAUCGGAUGUGUGUUUUGGUACUUGCUUUUGUUCUACCAUUAGGCUGGGAAUAACGACAAGCAUGGAAGUAUUUUAAUAUGGUAAAGUAAAUGAAUGUUUGCGUGUCAUUAGAUGUAAGAAUCCUAAAAGAUUUUAAAACGCAGAGGCAUGUUAGAGAAUUAAUAUCGUUGUCAAAGUUACCUAAUAACAAUUAACUUUUUACCACUUUAUAAUAUCUCCAUGCUUGUUGUCGUUAUUUUACUAGCCUUCACUAAUACAGAAUAAUGUACGUUAGUUACUAAUAAUUUUUACUGUCCUCCGUAGGUUGCAAGCUGCUGACGAGAAUCAACGGAGUAAAUGAACUCACCUUUGCUACUCUUGUUGUUCUUGCUUGGUUCAAAUUUACCAAUGCGAAGAAUUGUAUGAAGAAAUUAACAAAUUGAAAGUCGGGAAAAUGUAAUAGUAAUGGUUUUUUGUUACUUUCUUUCUCUUCUUGUAAUUAUAGAAAAAUUAAAAACGAAAACGUAUCUUUUAUUGACAUUCUUUUGGACGAAAACGUAAGGCGUAUCUUUCCCUACUGUUACUUAAAAUCUCAUUAUUUGGUUAGUUACAUAUGUCAUCAAAGAAACCACCCAAAGCAUUGUACGUUCCACCAGCUUUAAGAGCAAACAAAAAUGCGGGCGAAGUCAAAAAAGAGUUAUCCUUUUUAGAGUCUCCAAUAUCAUAUGCUUCUGUGAAUGAACAAACUGAUGUAGAACAACAAUUAAAAUCACUUACACUUUCUGACAACUGUAUUGAUGAUGACGAAUGUGUAUUCAAAAAAAAACUUUUUAAUCAAAAGCUGUCACAUAAUGAUAGCAACAGUGAACCAGUCAUAAGGUUGAAAGAUUUCCAACAUAUUUUAGAGUUAUAUAACUUUUCAAAAGACUUUCAAAAUUUUCACUUGGAAGCGGAACUCACAGGAUUUGAGGAUAGUGGAUUUUACCUUAAAUGGGUCGAUGAUACUCAUUGUUUAGCUGUAUUUUCUUCAAAUGAUGAAGCAAAUCGUGCAUUGGCUCAAAUAUCAGGACUUUUCAUGAAGGCUCGUAAAAUUAAUGACGCUUCUUUGGCUAGCAAGUUGAAGAUUGCUCGUUCACCUGGUGACUGGACUAUGCCCUAUAAAAAACGACCAGUUACGACUAGCUCAACAGCUCGAAGAUUAAUUUCCAAUCAUUUGGGUAUUGUUCCUACUAAAAUCAAAUCUCCUGAGGAAACUAUGAAAGAGGAACAAGAUAAAGCUCUUUUACGAGAAGCACGUGCUCGUGCGGAAGCUAUUCGUCAGGCACAGAAAUCUCUAUGGGAAGAUGAAUAAUGUGACAAUUACAAUUAUGUUUUAGAAUUAUUCCUGUAAAAAAGAGUGACUUUUUUGCCUUUGGAAUCCUUUUUAUUUAUAGUGAGAAAAAAUAUCUUUGCAUUUGACCAAAGAUUCAUAUCAUAAUCAUUAGUUAGUAUCAUAAGUAAUAUCUAAAUUAUAUUUUUUCCAACACUGACUUGUUAAUUUUUCAUCUUUCUACUCUGUCUAUCUGUUUACAUGCGAACACUAUGUCUUUUCGCUUGUGUAUUGUAAAUUAAAUAUAUCAAUAAUAAAUCAUGGAACUUUCUUCAUCAUGUGUAUCUAUUUGACAUGCUUCUUGUUACUUUUGCAAAUCAUCUAAUUGUAUUUUUAAUAUGUUUCUUUCUUGUUCUAUAUAUGCGUUUAUUGUAAUUUGUUAUUUUCUGGUGUUAACUAUGCUUUUUUAUUUCACUAGGCUUCGGAUUGUAUUUUUUCGGUUUAUAUUGAUCUUAGAAACAUAAAAAAUACGACAGGGCGUUGUCAUUUUUGCUUUGAAUAUUUCUGCUGGUUGGAAGAGAGCUAGGGAUAAGCAGUCAGUCAUGCCAUCUACAAUGUAGGGAACAAUUUACUACAGGUUUAAUUCUGAGCUGUUCUCUAGACCGUCGAAUACAGAGUCUUGGUUCGGCCAAAGUCAGAACAAGCAAACUAUUUGGCUAGAUAAACUCUAUCUGUUUCGAACAGUAGCCAGAGAAUAGGA